AUGGUUGCCGUUGCAAAGUGCAGCGGCGGUCACUCGGUCAUUUCGGUUGCUACUGUGGGACUUCCCGUUCCGAAGAGACCAGCAGCAGCGACAGCACUGACAAAUCGUGCAGUAUUAAGCAAGGAAAUGGAGCAGCAUGUUAGAACACAGCACACCUUGGAGGGGUGUGCGGAGGGAUCCGAUCCUUGGCCGUGCAUCGUGUCUUUCUCUGCAGUGCUCUGCUGGUGCCUGUUGGGUCCAGGGCAGCUUCGGAAUGACAAGGGAAGGCGGAGGCAGGGCGCGGAGAACGAGGAUGAGGGAUCUGAAGAUGCUUUUCUGAAGGCUGAAAAGACUGAUAUUUCAGAGUGUGAACUACGCUGA